AUGUCUUCGUCUGACGCAGCAAGAACUCAGGCAGCAGCAAUGAGCUACCUGGAUGAAGUUCCCUUCCGCACAACCACCUGCUUCAGCGGGGACAUGGGGGGAGAAACCACUCUCAUCACAGCCCCGGCCAUCGAGCUCCCCGACUGCGCUGACAUCCUCAUGAGCACCAUGCAUGACUUCUCGCUGGAAAGAAAAGUCCUUUACUGGGUUGAGGUGGCCUCUCAGCAGCAAACUUCUCGGCAUCAAGUCACCUCUGAAGUUGACCCCACAGCUCCACCGUGCUGGCUGCUGCUGGUGGACCCUGCUGAGAGCUACGGGGGUAGAGCACGGGAUGGGCCAGUGCGGCGCAGCAUCAGCCUGAGUGCCGCCCACAACAGCUAUGGGCACACCAAGGGCAGAGCUGCCUUGUCCGACACCGAGAGUGAGACCUGGUACUCUGAGGAGGAUGGGUACUCAGAGGAUGAUGAGUACUCCUCAACCUCCUGGGAAGAGAGUGACAGGGAUGAAAAGGGUUCCAGGAGGAGAAGCAUUGGGAGAAGCGUGCCUCCGCGUCCCUGCUUUUACCUGAACCGACCGAAGACAUCACCUGGCUUGCUGGAGCCCUCACCAGAGAACAGUGGCCACAACCCAGCCAGUCCAGACCCGAACAAGCAGAGGAGAUCCACGGUGAUAUUUAACAACAUGAAGAACGAGCUGGAAGCAGCCAGGAGGAAGCUGGCUGCUUUGGUGCACCCUUUGAACAGAGCUGCCACGGAGAGCAGAGAGCUCCCAGUGCCGUGGCCGCUCCCGCCAUGCCCCCACUCCAGACACAGCAUCAAGUACGGGCCAGCCUCGGCCGCGUCCCACCCAGGCACCCACGUGCCAGCUCCUCCAGCCACAGCCGUGCCAAUGCCCCCCAUCAAACGGCACAAACCCACGGUGCCGUCCCUCAGCCCCUACGCCUGCCUCCCCCCUGCCUCCACGCCUCCACGACCUCUCAGUUCCCACCGAUCCCAGCCGGAUUCGGCAGCUGAUCUGCUCUCGGCGCUGAGCCAGGAGGAGAGAGACCUCAUCGAGCCUGUUAUAGCCUUGGGCUACCCCACCCGCAAAGCCAUCCUCACCCUCCAGAAGACUGGAAGGCAAAGCUUAAGCCAGAUCCUGAGUUACCUGGGUGCCUGUGACCGGCUGCUGAAGCAAGGCUAUGAAGAAGGGCAGGUGGAGGAGGCCAUGGAAAUGUUCCAGUACUCAGAGAAAAAGGCAGCUGAGUUCUUGCAUUUGUUAGCUCAGUUUAACGAUAUGGGCUUCCAGCAAAAUGAAAUCAAAGAAGUCCUUCUGCUUUGUGGGAAUCAGAGGGAGAAGGCACUGGAAGAGCUCGUGAUGAAAGCCCAGUGA